UGCCAUACACGCUCGCAAACAAAUCCAGGAAGUAGAUACGGUGCGGUCUCAUCAACGAUCUACUGUUGCCGAACACUUUUUUUCCUACCCCCCACCCCCGACGAAGACAGAAUGGGGGCAGCGUGCUCAAAGGUUCAGUAAUUUCACUCUGGAACAAAGUGAUAGUACGUGUGAAAUGUUGGGCAGCAUGUCGCUCUUGAGAACUCCACUUUGUUUUCUCCUUUUUGUCUCCAGUUUGGCUUCAGGGUUCCGGUCAUUGACGUUCACCCCUGACCGAGGCACCACUGUCAACAUCAGCAGGCUAGCCAAAGGAUCAUUAUGCAAAGUGUGCUCUGUGGCGACGACACGCAAUUGUGAAGAGUCACUAUUGUUCGAAGGCGACAUCCCUGUCUCUCUGGAAUUCAAUUGCCCCCGACCUGAAAAUGAAUUCAGGGUGGAGAUAACACAAAAGAUUGAAUGUACCACAAAGGCAUGCGGUGAAGACCUCGUGCGGGCAGUUUCAGGCUUCGGUCCGUGGUUGGAUUUCCAUCGCAGGUUCACUUGGAACCUGAAAGCCUCGGGACCAAAGUCGGUCCAAGUGGAUUUCACCAAGGGAAUGAGACAAAUUCCUCCAUCUGAAAACUGCUCAGACAUGCAAACUUACACUUUAAAGGCCUUUCAGAAGACCGGGACUGUGCUCAUUGGCAAAUACUGCAGGACAGGCCCCAUCAGCGGUGCUCAGAUUCUAAACCAGGGUAGCUUCUCUCUGGACGUCCCACCAGGACUAGAAGUCCAAAGUGACUAUUUUGCCCUGUCUGGUGGGGAGGACAUCAAAUCUCUUGCCAAAAUCACGUUAGCGCUGCCACAAGGGACAUCUUCCUCUGAGUUGCUCUCUCCAAACUUCCCUGAGAGUUUUCCCGAUGACGACGUGAUGGAGUGGUACUUUGAGCUCACGGGUAAACAAAGUGCAGCGAUCCAGUUCCUUGACCUCACGGAGCCACGUUGUCUGAAGAAGGAAACUGCGGCCGAGUACCACAGCAAAGGCAGGCGGGCGCUGGUGAUGGGCCUGAGGGACACCCAGCCGGUCCAGAAUCAGGGAGACUUUUCUCUGAUUCUCAGGAAUUGUGAGAUGGACAGAAAGCGAACUGGUUCUCGUGGACUCUCCCUGAAACUCAAGGUGACAUCUUCAAAGAUCCGCUCACCAGUGCUCUGUAGCGUGGACCUGAAGAAAACAAGGGGCCUUUCUCUGCACGUGGAAAGGCUGAAGCCGGCCUCUGAAUGUGAAAUGAAGAUGAACUCUGUGAUCAUGGAGAAGAUCACUGUCCCAUCCGGAGGCGUUUCUCAACUGUCUUUUCAGGACUGUCUUCCUCAAGACAUCAACGUCACAGCCAGUGGAGUCAUUGGCUGCAGUCAACUUAAAAACUGCCCAAAGGGUCCAGUGCCUCUUAUGGUUCCUUCCUUGCCCAGCUGCCUCCCGUCCCCCCUGAACGCUGUGACCUGGGCCCUCCGCCCUCCUCCUCAUGGCACUGUGGAGCUCACCUGUUUACCUCUGCAGCAGUCCCUGCCGGGUCAACUGUGCGAUGACAAUGUCAUUGCCCUGACGGAGGAUGACGGCAUGACUAUAGGCCACUUCUGUCCUCAGGGGGCCAUUCAGAAGGUCCAAAUCCACACCAACGUAUCCGUCACCAUGAGAGGAUCGGGGGGCCGAGGGCUGAGAUCGUCCGUGAAGCCUUUGUUGAUGGCUAGUUUGAAAGAGGAGAUAGCAGAGAGAUACAUAUUCACAGUGUCCCCCAAAAGAGACACGAGACUCCUUUUGGCGACGCCCGGUUGGCCAGUAGGGAUGAAGUCCUACGCGACCGUCUCCUGGAUCAUCACGCUCCCCCCGAAGAUGGAGGCGCACUUAAAGUUCGUCAACCUCAGCCAGCCCAAGUGUGCCAACCGGCACACCAAUAUCCGGGUGCAGAGGUUCGACAAUCUGGAGGAGGACUACAGUCGCAGGGAAGACGAGGCGGCCGACGAGAUCAGCGUGUCUGAGAGUUUUUACCUCAACAUGUCCAACUGCAUGCCCGAGAGGGGAGACUUCAUGGUCAUCACCGAGCUAACCGUUCAGAAAAACCAACUAUUGAUCAUCGUCGUGAGCGUGGUCGCUGCCCUGGUGAUCCUUUUCCUCGCCGUGCUGGUGGUUGUCUGUUUCGUAAUUAAGAAGAAGAAAAAGAAGCUCAGUCAUGAGGUGUCCAUCUACAAUCCCAACGGCAGCAGUUUCAAGCCCGGGCACAACGGCUUCCCUAAAACCCGCGAAGACAACGAGUCCCAUGUAUACGAAUCCAUUGAGGACACGCUGGUCUACACCCACCUGCUGAGGAAGGGGGCGCAGAUGGGCAUCUACACAGACUCAGAUGCGUACGAGCCCUUCGCGGGGCCAACAGACUCUCAGGUGUCUACAGACGCAAACAACAUUCAGACGGGGGUCUACCAAGCGUAUCCGUUGCCCCCUCAGCAGGCACCCCCGCUUCCCAACAGGCCCCCUAGCCACAGCCACGACCUUGUUGACAAUGUGAUUUACCAGGCCCAGCCCCCCUUGGAUGAGCACAACACAGCUGCGAUGGGGGCACGGUUGGAGCCGGAGGGAGGCAACUAAUUGGAUUCAGGAUUUCCACCAGACUUUUAUUUUUUUUUUAACUUGGAGAUUUUCAUUCCUGGGUCGCUUUGUGACAAACUAAAGCUUGGCCUCAUGAGACCUUGUUUUUCCUGCAUGGGUUCUUGCACCAAAUUCACAAACUAGAUGUGUUCAGACUUGCCAGUUGCCGGUGUCUGCUUUUAUUCCAAGUGGUGGGGCUUCUCUUGUAAAAUCUGAACCGAGUCACCCUUUUACUGCUUGUGACCAGUGGAACUAGAAAAUAUUUUUGGAACAAGGACUGCUUUUCAAAUUGUACUUUUGUACCAAUCGCAUGUUGAGAAACAGGCAUUUUGCAUGUGUUAUUUAAAUACCUUUUAGCCAUUUUUAAUAAUAAUAAAGUAGCUCAAAGAAAUGCA